ACCAACUUCAAUCUAAGUGUCGGGGGUCGUUUGAGAGUCAACAUUCAUGGAGUCACAUUUCGCCCAUAUUUCCAGGAAAAUUCAGCUGAAUGCUUCUCGUGGGAAGCAAGUCUUCCGGGUCUCUCUGGGAAACGCUACUUCUACUUCAGCCCAAGCAAAGUGAAUCCCGGUGCGACGACUUUCAUUCAAAAGGAGCAUUUUACAGGCGCUAUGACGCACUUGUUUGGUGCUUGGAUCAAGAAGGAUCCUCAAAUGGUUUUCUGGGACAUUUUCAAUCUAGCCUUAAAAAGGGAGGUUGAAAUAUCCACCACGCAAAUACCGGAGUUGAGAGACACUUCAAAUGACUCUCAGGCUUAUUACGCUCCUACUCUUGCCCCGGAGCUUGCUGACACAUCUGUCCAAGUCACGGGU